CGUGUCUGAAGUCGGAUGAACAAUGUAGAAAGAAAAACCCCCGCCGAGUGUCGCGAAUAAGGCUACAACAGCGGUAUUUUUAGAAAGCAGGACAAAAAAUCGUUUAUUGUUCUUUUGACGAUAGGAGACGCAGAGGAAGAUGAAACUUGUCUAGUGACCUGACCACCUCCUGCGAUAGCUAUCGCGAUUGGUCUAGCGUUCUUUAGCUUGUUCGUCAUGCAGGAGCGCGAUACAAGCUGGAGCUGUCGCAGACCGAGCAGGUAGACCACACCACCGGGGACAGCCGACAGCGUAGUUGUAGGAGAACCAACCUUUUUUCCUUGACGCGCCUUUCCCCGGUAGUACUCCUUCGCGAGGAAGAGGACCACUAAUAGCUGCAACAUGGAACGACCGCUGGUACAGGAGGUACUAGUGCGGCGACAGUCCUCUCCAACUACGACAUCCUAGCACACUCGACGUCCACCGAAGAGAGGACCAUCAGUUGUACACGAAGGUCGUCCUGGAGGCUGCAAAUCGACGUGGAGCGGCGCUGGUGGCCCACCUCGACGUUUGCGUUUGGUGGCAAAAUUCGUUCUCUGGUAGGAGAAGGUUUCUCGACCUCAACUCUUGAUGUAGAAGGAGUUCUUCUACUUCGUCGCCGCCACUACUUCUUCUACCGCUCAUUGUCACUGCCGGCGUCGUCCUGCGCGUGAUGAUGAUGGAGCAGCCGCCGCCACCGUCGUCAAUGUUGUUGGACCGCUCUCUCCUGCGCGAGGCGGAGCGGCUGCUUUCCCUUGUGGCCGAGGACGAGAUUCUGCGCUUUGAGGAGGUCGGCAUCGAAGCGCGCCUGAAGUACCACAUUCACGAACAGCAGACGACAAGUCACGGGGUCCUCCUCGGAGCAGCUUCUGGAAGUAGAGCUGCCAGUGGUAUAGAAAACGAUUUUCUUCCUCAACACACUCUAGGUUGAGAUUGAGGUUUCCUCGCAUUGGCUACAAGAACUUCUUCGUAUCGUUCUAGUUGUUGUAGAAGAUGAAAAUAAAGAUAAGCUACACUUGCUGUCGUCUUUUCCGCGGCUCCUCAGAAAGGGCGCAAGAGCCAGGGCCGGUGUAUCAACCGUCUCGACAGGAACAAUGAGUGAAACGAUUCUACUCAAAAUUUCACAUAACACGCAGGCACCCCAGCAUUACCCGAGAAUGUGUACGACGAGACAGGUGGGAGUAGCGGUUCCGGUUUCGCAGAUGUAGGUACUGCUGUGCAGCAUGAUAAUUUUCCUGAGCACGACACGACCAGCGGAACGAAUGGGAAUCAUGUUGACCAGAGCUACAACGGAGCUGCACCGCAUUUCCGCACGCAAUCUGCACCGACGCACGUGGCCGUGGACGGGUCGUUUUAUCAUCAAAGCGUGGCGGCGCAUAAUUCAUCCUCCAAGGGCGGGAGCUUCAUUCCAGCUGCACAACGGGCGGAAGGGAGUGCCAUGCUUGCAAACUACCAGUACGGAGGCAGCUCACCGUCGGGAGGUGCUGCUGGGAUGAAGCCGCACCACUUCCCGCGAGGGCACGGCAGGAAAAUGCGGAAGGCCGCGGAGCGAGUAGAAGAGGAAGUUGGUGGGCACGAAGCUGCAGCCCAGCAAGGAAUACACAAUUACCAGCACCAGGUGGAAGGACCAGCUGGUGUGCAUCAACAUUCAGGAGAUGGCUACCAUGAAGUAGGACAUCCAGGCGUCGCUCUUAUUUACGGAGGAGGUCCACCAGGUCCUCGAAAGGGCGGCAAGCCGAUGAAGAGUGGAGGCGGACCACCACAUGGGGGCGUCGGCACAACUGCAAAAGGCCAACUUGAGGGUCAAGUUGGAAGUGGAGGUCCACCAGGAUCUGCUCACCUAGUACAGCAUAAAAACAACUUCGAGUCUACUACAUCUUCUCGACCGCAUGCCGGCACCUGGGCCGCACCGGAGCCAACCCCGACCCACGGGAAAAAUCAGAUCUCCUCGCAGCCGAUGGCCAUACAACCUCCUGCUCCAACGCAUGUCUUCACCAGCAGUGCUCCUGGCGCACCAACACAGAUGUCGCACGUCAAAGGGAUGAACAUGAAAAGCAAAAAGGGAGGAAAUAAGCAACUUGACUACUACAGUCCUGCUCACGGAUUUUAUCCGGCACCCCCGCAGCUGAUGGAGCAGCAGCACUUUUACAACGCAGUGCAAGUAGGGGGGAAAAUGUUAAAAGGCGGCUCGACCGGAGGUGGUUUUUUCCACCCAAGUAGCAAGUCAGGAGCGCCUGGUGGAAAGAAUCAGCAGCCACCUGCGCCAUUCGGCGGGGACAAUCUAUGGGGACCAGCAGGGACAGCCGCUGCUUUUUCGCCGAAGGGCGGCUCUUGGGGUGCCGGUGUGGGUGGCGGGCAGCACCAAAAAAGCUUCUGGGCGUGGCAUCCGCAGAAAGGGGGCAACAACAGUGGAGCAGCUUUCUCGCCGCACUACCAACACGCGCCACCUAGUGGUGGUGGACCAGCAGGGUAUCAUGCAUUUCCCUGGAACAAGAACGGGCAACAGAACUACAAUAGUUAUCAUUCCAAGAACAAUGGUACUGGAGCUGGUGCACCCAGUAAGUGGGAUAGUUGGGCGGGGCAUCGCAGCUACAACCACCAUCAACAAGGAGCUGCUACUGCUAUUUCAUCUUCUAGUCCUCACUAUAAUUCUUGGAAUGCCGACCCGCCCGGCUCCUCUAGCUACUACAAUGCAGGGUGGUACACUUCCGGACAUGGUUCUUUUCCCAGCAGCGCUGGCCACAGCGAAACCAGCACGCAGAAUGCGAACAACGACCCAAACUACAACUUCAUGCGACCUGGAACAACAGCUACGCCCUGGGCUGGUGGUGCCGAUAACAACUACGAGAAUAAGAAGUACUUCGCGCAGGAAAACGCGUUCGAGAAUUACCUGCAGCGGGAACAGGUGGCCAACUCGAACUGGGACCACGAGCAUUUUGAUCCGACGGUCGCCUGGACUUCCCCGGUGGCGCCGCAUCCCCGGGGGAGAACAGCCUCGAAUAUCACGUGGCACCCGGGAUGGAGCGAGCACUACAAGCAGGGAUGGUCAUCUCCAGCGAACAACAAUACCGGGGAGGCGAAAAGGAACAAUAGCAGUGGAGGUGGAUCGAAGAGCAACGUCGCAGUUUCUAGUUCUACAACCGCAUCAAACAAACAGGACAACGCUUUCCUUGACGGUAGUUCUCAUGCAGGGCCCGCUCGGUCCAAUAUUUUUACCCAACAACGUUCAACAACAUCAGGACACAAGCAGGCACAAGCAGGCGGAGGUGCUGGAAAUAAAAUGAAGUACGUCGAUAACUUUUCAUCUUCGUCGACGACAUUCUACGGGGCAAGCACUGCAGCGUCUAGCAAUCGCAUGAACCAUAACCAGGUGGAGCUCAACCUCGAUAUCAUGGAGUCACCGGAUAAGGAGGAUGACGAGGACGAUCUUUACCACGACGGUGUAGUUGACUCUCACUCGCCAUCGCCUUCAGCUGCAAAAGUAGACGUUUACUCACCGACAGUGCCAGGACGACGAGGGGGACCAGACACAUCAAACUACAACAGGAAAAAUAGACGUGGAGGCUUCGAGGAACGCACUUUGAUCUUUCCAAGCCAAUCAUCUGCACCUCCUCCGACGAAUGAUUAUCACCAAUCAUCAACUGCGAAGAGCGGGGGAAAGAAGUCGAAAGGUCACGACAGGAAUCGCUCAAAUCAUCGUGGUUCUGGAAAUUUCCAACCAGAUCAGCAGGAGGAGCACGGCGGCCCCGCCGUACUGGCGCAAGUAGACCCUCCAGCGGAAGACGGAGCAACAGCCGGUGACCUGUUUUUCGGCAAGAUGAAAGAUGACGCAACUACAGAACCCAACGCCAACGGCUCGUCUUUGUCCAACAAAAAUAAACGGCUCGAGUUCAUCAGCUAUGACGCGGAGCGGCGCUGCUUUUACUACAAAAUCAACUACGACAUCCCCUCCGAGAUCGACAGGCUAGACGAUUUGCUCGCUAAAACCGGGCCAGGGACGAGAAGCGGCGCUGUGAAUAUUAGCCAAGAUCUACUCUUCACUGACGCACCAGGGCCGUCGCCUUUGCAGCAGGGUAGUGCGUCGCCCUUGUCGACGGAUGCUGCUAGUAGUACCGCGGCUCUGCCUGUGCAGGUUCAAAAGAAGAGCACUUCUAGUACAAGAAGAGAAGCUGAACAACAUCAAAGUCAACAAAGGCGGCGUAGGACGAACACGAACAACAGCAAGAGUACAACUACGACUUCUAGUACAGCCGACCUCCCGGUAGACAACAACUCGUGGGAGCUUCUGCAGAGAAAAAAGCAUCUGGUCCGGUAUUUGCGAACCACAACCGGCACACUAGGCAGUUUCGGCGUGUCCGGCAACGGAGUGUUUGAAAUUUGCCUCUACUCAGAACUACCAGCCGAACGAGGUCAAGAUGUUGAAACAGGUACGACUACGAGGAGUAGAGCUACAGGCCGCCAUCAACUAGAAGCGCAAGAUGACAAGAACUUCUUGAAGAACGACCACGACGACCAAGAAGGUAGUUCUGAAACGUUUGGAACAGCGGCCGAAAUAAAUGACGACCCUUCUGAGGAGGAUUCUAGUUGUGCGUCUGACCACCUCUUAGAAGGCAACAAAACCUCUUCUGCGCCAGUCACUGGAACAUCUUCCUCGUCAAGCUCCUCAUCGUCCGCAGAAGGGGAAGACCCUCGUCUCGGCAGCGCUCCAGAUGACCACGGCCAGGUUGCAGCAGCAGCCGCAGCCGUGAAGGCGGCAGAAAAACGGCUGAAGGACCUCAAAAAGCGAAUAGCUGCCGGCAGGGGUGCUUCUACCGAGGUCGACGAUGAUGAUCCAGGUGAUGAAGUGGAAGGAGGAGACGAUAAUAAAGAUGACGAUCAGCAUCAUGCUGAUGCGCCACCAAAUGUUGAUAUUAAAGGUCAGCACGCAGUGAAGAAGAGGAGAAAGAAGUCGCGAUCUACGUCCCGGCAGCAGCAUACCACGACCGUGGUGAAGCUGCUGAGUUUCAAUAGUGAAAUCUGCACGAAAAACGACACAUUUCCGCUGUUUCGGCAGGCCGCGUUUGUGAGUGUGUCCUUGCUGGCCGCGUUUCCCCAACCUUUGGUCGUGGACUCGUGGCUCUGGCGGGACCUGGAGUUGUGUAGUAGGCGGGGGAACAAGCACGACGUGGAGAAGACCCUUGCAGCCUUUCUCGCCCACGCGGAGAACGUCAAGCGCAUCUGUAGUUGUGGUGUGUUGGGGGGAGAUGGAGUUGGAGCAAGGUGGUUGUCCAAGAACCUCUCUGCGGAUGAGAAGCACCAUACGAUGGACCGUGAUUUUGUGAACAAGGAUGUUGACGAGGCUGAAAAUGUAGGAUGGGACGCAGGUGCAGCUACGCAGGAGCAGAGUAAUAAACAACUCCUCCUCCAAGAAAAACUUGCGACAGCCCUCGCGGAGUUGGAAGAUAAACAAGCUGCCUCUAGAGAUCGUCAAAAAGCAGGCACAACUACGCCAGGACCAACCACAGCUCUAUCCGUUGAUUACGCCCCGUUGCCCUCCAUCGGCGGCAACCGCGCUACGUGGCACCUGUGGCUCCGACCGGACUACUUCAACUAUCAUGCGACGAAGGAUCAUGUGGAACAAACAGCGUCCUCAUCAUCUGCUAGAGGACGUGGUGCGAGAGGAUCAUCCGGCGCUCCCGCAACAAACAACUACGCGUCCAGCACAACUACGUUGGUGAACAGAACGCAAAUCCAGCUGACUUCGGAAAAAUUUUACCUGGAGGGCGUGCCGGGGCCGCUGCAAAUCCUGUUUUACCCACACGGUGAGCCACGGGGAACCAGCUGUACAACCUCGGGUUUUCAUACCUCUUCCGUCGCCUCAACCAAGCCUUCGACCAGCACUGCGACCAGAAAAAGUCGCGUCUCCUCCGCUCUAGCAGCGGCGGCGGCUUCUACCGGGGGCGAUGGAAAUGGAGGUCAUCAUAACGGAAACAAGAACCACAGCAGCAGUACUAGAUCUAAUCCUCGCGGCGGCGCGAACGUUGUGCCCGUGAAGAGUGCGUCGCCCCCAGCGCAGGACGUUCCAACUCCGUCGCCAGCGACGAGCAGCUACUUGAGCGGUCUCGUUUCACCAGGCCACACACCCACAAUUCGGAAAAUCCGAAAGAAAAUCCCAAGCCCGAGCCCGCCACCAGGGUCGCCCCCGGUUGUGGGAGGAGGUGGCCGCGUGGUCGGAGGUCCAAUGAAAAAGCUUUGGGCUGACGGAGACAUGCCCGAAGCCGAACGUGAAAAUACUGCAGCCGCGGAGGUGGAGGGCACCAGUGUCGGGAUGACGGGUCGUCCUGGUCGUGAAGAUGAAAAGAGUCCCUCUUCUGACAGAAAAUCUAGAUCGGGCCAACCACCAGAAGAUGAUUCCACCGAGGAACGACCCGAUACAAAACUGAAAGAUAGAAGAAGCCCAGAUAAGGAUCAUAACAACAUCAAGACGGCUCUUAAGGGUAGUAAAAGUAGUCCAACCAAAACAGCGACCUCGAGCUCCAGUAGUUCUAGUUCAGGACCCAGCAGCAGCAGUAGCAGCAGCGACACAGUGGAACAACAAAACAAAAAACCGAUCGCCACUCCGACUCCCUCCGCGUUCGAUACUAGUUCGGGCACGACGGGGCGGAGCAAGGCGGCGGUCGGCAUCGGGGUCCUGAACAAGAAUAAAAAGAAGGCGAAGAAGCACGCCGCGGGCAGCAGCGGGGGUGCAAAAGGGUCAAGUAAUCAUCUUCGAAAGACCAAAUCGGAGACGCCCGCGACCUCGUCGAAGUCCCGAGAGGAGCAACAACAGGCGGAGUUGAAACUGAAAACGCUGACCAGCUGUGCGCUCUUCCUGAAAGCGCCCUCGGGCACCCGACACGCCUUCUGCAUGCGGGUGGGAAACACGCAGCGGUGCGCGGCGCACUACUGGGACCGAGACAGCAAUUGGGGCUUCCCGACCUUUUCCCACAUGCUGGGGAAUGGAGGCGCUUUGACCGUUCAGGUGGAAGCUCUCGCGGAGGUGCCGCCGGUGGCCGUCACCGGCCGUGUGGCGGACUGGUGUUUGGACUCGAGUUUGUUUUCGAAAAUCUACUUCCAACCAGGCGAGGAGAUCCGGUCCGAACCGUUUAAGGUCGGGGACUACGAGCUACAGCUGUUUUUGUACCCGCACGGGUCCUAUCCUGUGCAAAAGUAUCGUACUCGUAGUAAUCGCAUUCAUGCAUUACAAAUUUCUUUCUCAAGUUAGACCCGCAUUACAAAUUUCAUUUCUCGCGCUGAGAAAAUUUGUCAUGCGAUUUAUACUAAUGCGAUGCUUUUGCAUUUCAUAGGUCCGGAACCGACCCGGAGUACGUCUCCCUCUUUCUCAAAUACAGCGGCAAAGCGACGUUGACCUGCCACGUUUCUCUCGACGGGAUCGGUAUGGCGUUCUCAAACGUUACAUUCUCAACUGUUACAUGAAUUUGCAAUGAAUGCAAGAACGGCGAAAGUGAAAGGGGGAAGAUUGCGCCUUUUGCAUUACAGAUUUGGCACACAUUUACAUGCUGUUUAGCCCUUCGGAUAUUUGUCAUGCGAGACAGCUUAAUCUAUCAAGGCGAUCUUGUUGGUAAAUUUGCAUGACAAAUCAUGUAACAGCUGAGAAUGUAACAGUUGAGAACGCCAUAAUCGGCCCGCGGGGACUGUGCCACGACGGGAACGGAAUCUGGGGCUAUCCGACGUUUUGCCCCCGGAGCUUAUGCAUUGCAAAGAAGAAGCCAAGCGUACUCGUAUAAAUUAUUGCACUCAUGCAUGACAAAUCUCGUUCCACACCUGAAACAGCAUUACAAAUUCCAGGUCUCCUCUUGCCGAAAUUAUUUGUUUUGCGGAUGCUAUUUAUACUAGUUCGAUGCAACUUCUAACCUUUGCAAUGUAUAGAGCUUUCUAGCGAACUACUUCUUUCUCGAGAAAGAAAAUAUGGAAGCAACAAAAGCGGCUUGCUGGGAUCUUCUGAACGCAGAUCAACAUACUAGCGAAGAUGAUGUUGCAGCGAUGAAAAAUAACCCGCCAACAGAAGAACCAGAAGAAGAGAAACAAGGUGACAACGCAGACGAAGUUUUCAUCGCGGGUAACAUUGACGUCGUCAGCCCCUCGUCCACGGUUUCCGCCUCGAAGCGCAAACGCAGGAAAAUGGAAAGCCAAAGCGUCCAACCACAACCUGGAAAUAAGAGCUGCGACUUCGCUGAGAAUUCAAACACAUCAAACGCAAACAAUGACGGCGAAGUAGAACUACCGCGAGCCAGCAUCAAGACACAGACCCUGGCGGGAAGAAGUGCUGAUAAAAACGACCGCAAGCUGCAGGAUUUCGGCCUCCGUUUGGUUGCCGAGCAAGACAGAUUUAGCAAGACCAAGAGCGGCCCGAUGCACGAUAGUCGUAGUAUCCAGGAGUCCGGCGACGUGGUCUCCGAGGAGCCGUUUGUUGCUGACAAACCGCAGCAAUUGCUCGAGAAGAUCAAGAUCCCAAGAGCAGAAAUCUUCCAGAAAGGUGAGCAUCGAUUUCUGCCCCAGAGACUACAGAGAGCCCACGCCCCCCGCGUGCAGAACCCGUGUACACGAAAGCUUUCGCACUCCAUCAAAAUUCGGCUCGAAAUCAUAACGUCCAGCGACCGGACCGCCUUUCGCGAGGAAGAGGAGCCGGAGCCAGGGCCCGAAAGCGAUACAGAUUGUCGCCUCGAAGCGGGUGAAGCGAACUUUAAUAAUAAUACCCCAGUCGCAGUUCAGGAUGAACGCCAGCAAAUAAAUAGACCUGCACCUGCAAAAAUAGCGUCUCCACCUGUUCUUUCUCUGCUCGACAGGAACACGUCGACGACUUCAUCGUCCAGCAAGGAGCUCCCCACGCUCCUCCACAUUUCGUGCACACUAUCCGAGAUUUGCGGCCUGCCGCCGCCCCGCGUAGUGAAGAGCCGGCGGUCGAUGUUGUGGCUCGGCGGCGACGGGGCCAGCGCCUCCCGGUUUCUGUUGGCCUACUACCUGAACCAAUUGGACUGCAACCUGCUUUUCACCGCCCCGGUGGAGGAUGGGUCGACGACAAUGAGCGCGGCCUUCGUCUCGCAAAACUUGCCGAAAGACCCGGAAUUCGACGUUCUGGCCGUGACGACGGGAGACGACGUAUUGUGAGUAAGCACGUCCCCGCCCCACACUUGUCUUGCAGUUUUGCAAUGACAGGAACAGUUGUGAUGCGCAUCCCCAUGGGAGGCGUCUUCGAUCGUGUUUUGGUAUUUGUGAUGCUGUAAACAGGAUAAGGAGGCGGCUUUUUGAUGCGGUUUUGCUUGCUAACCUGCGCUACGAUACAGCGGAAAACUUCUCAUGCGUGACUGCCAAAACUUCUGGAUUUGUGUUGCAGACUUCCAAACUUGAUUGAUUCUGGGGCGGGGACGUUUUCACUCAGGAUACGACGAACUUCUCUACCUGCAGGAUAUGCACGCCGCGAGGCCGGAUUUUAAUCACGACAGGUGUGUCCGGAACGACCCAGGCACGACCUCCUACCGCCAGCAUAAAUUCCUCCAAAGGCUACGCUGCGAACACGGGGAUUUUGAACGUACGUUUACUUAUUUUCGCUUGUAUUCUUGUCUUCUGGAAGUGGAAUCCGAAUUUUGUUUUUCGGCUUUCAGGAUAGCAAAAUUGAAAUAUGCACUUCUUCGCGGUUUCAUUUUUAUUUUUUAGAUAAAAGUCGAAUAAACGAGUUGAAAUAACAAUUUCGUCAAGGAUCGUCCGGAUCCAUCGUCCGCCGCUGAUACGUAGAAUUAUUCAGGUUAUUGCCGGCGCAGCCAGACCGGCACAGCGGACUUCCAGAUGGUGCCUCUACACGAGGACACGAUCAAGGCCAGCAUUCAGAGCUACCCCGUGGUUCUCAAGAUCCCCUACUCCGAUUCCUCCUGCGGGGUUGUCGUCGUGCAGUCCGAGUCCGAGCUCGCGGACUGCAUCCGCACCACGCUCGGCCCCGCGAACGUAUGGGACGUGCAGAAGUUGCCCGCGGAACCGUUUGCACUCGGGGGCGCGGAAGUAGUAGAAGGAGGAGGGAUGGUGCAACAUCAUGGCGGACAGGUGGCACACAGUGAUACUGCAGACCUAGACGAAGACGAGUACGCCACGCGGAUGCGGUAUUCUUGAAGUUCAUCUUUGUCAUGCUGCUCCUUAUGUCAGACUGAGAUGUCGAUGUGAUGCGUUCUUCGUGGCGUUUCUCCAUUUCCACCGUCUUUCAAUCUCUGUCUAUGUUGUACUUACUAGUUGAAGUUGUUCUUGGUUGUCGUCGUGAGCUCACUACUUAUCUAUCACCUCCCGCAUUGAAGAAAACAAGUCGCCGAAUAUGAGCAAUUAGAAUUACUUAUACUUAGUACAAAUUCACGCACACAACUUCUCAACAGAUAUGCGUACAAUGUGCCUCGCUUAGUGAUCAUCGAACCACUUCUUGUCGGCGAUGAGUACGUGGUAAACCUGGUUUCGUGCGUAUCAAAAUGAAAAAUCCCCCCUCCCCAUAUUGAAACGGAAACUUCUGCUGCUGGAUUUGUGUACACAAAUCAGCCCUGUCUUGCAGCGAGGCACUACAGGCAAAGCCUCAGGCUGCGUAGGGGUGUUUUGUUGCAGGCUCUUGGCAUAAGAGAGGCCUGCCAUGUAGGUGAAACAGCAUUACCAAUCGCCUCCCUAAAGCGGCGGAUUCUUUGGGUUUGCCUUCUUGCAAGACAGAUGUGAUUUGUGACCUCAAAUCCGCAACACAAAUUUUUGCAAAGAUACCUUUUCGAUAUGGGGAGGGGGGGUUUUUCCUCUCAAUAGUGCGAGGGCGUGCAUGUGGUGAGCGACGCGUGGGUAUCCACCGUGAAGAAAGUGGACGAAGAAACGAAACGACCACUGUACGACGAGCAAGAGUUGUGCGCCGAACUCCCGCUGGACGUCCUGAAUUUCUGCCGCGAGGCCCUGGACCGCUGCGGGCUGGUGUUCGGCGCCAGCCAUUUGGAGUUGAUCCGAUGCCAGAACACGAAGCAGGUCCGUCUCAUCGAGCUAAACGCGCGGCUCGCGGGCGAUUUCCCGAGGGCGCAGAGUUUUUUCAAAUUUCACCUCGUCCCAAACGGGCCGGCCGCGACGACUCCUAAAGGACAAAAGACCAAUAGGUCAACAUCGCUGGGAAAAAACUUCCUGCGACAAUACGGGGUGAAUCAGUUUUCACUCUUAGCACUUGCAACCGCGUGUCCGAGCGACUUCCUCGCAUUCGCAAAACUCAAUCAGGAGCCUCUGAAGGUACAAUCAUACUGAUACCUCCGCAUGAUGUACGUUUAUUUUGAGCUGCUCCUAAUUGUUUACAGCGUUUGUCCACCUUGUUUCUGACUGGUGUCGUAAGCACAAGUGCUGGUGGUCGUAAGUAGCGUAUGCCUAGACCACAAGUAGAACCCGAAUGCGGCCUAGACCAAAUAAACAAAGCAAUUGUGUGUCUGUGUCCACUGCAAUCCAUGCAAAAAUCAGGUAAUCGACCCUUCCAUGACGGUCCGCGCCGUGUUUCUGCUCGCGAACGUGGAUGGCAAGUUUCGCGGUAAAGGUCUCGAGCGCUUGUGCAAGUUGAAGACUUUCUGCGGCCUGCGGCGCGCUUUGGGGCACCUCCCCGUGCCAGCAGCGAUACACCCCCUGCGGAUGAUUCUGCACUGCAGCGAGCAACUAGAACUGAUGAGCAAUUAUAGCGAGGGAAAUAAAGAGAAAGAACGUGUUGAGAACAACAUCAGCUGCGAACGCGAACACGAGGAUGAAAAAAGCGGCCUUGACGACAACUUUCUGCAGUUUCCCGCGUUGCUUGGAUCCACCAAGAAGACGAUGUCGCUGCGCAGUUGUCCCGGCGUUUUGCUACUCGCGGGGGAUAGAGCGCAGGUGCAGGCAGAUACAGACCGCAUCCGAGAAACCGAGCUCGGUGACGAGUUGUACCACGCGACUGGGUAUGCAUUGCAAAAGUAUUGUCCUAGUAUGAAACCGCAUGCGCAUCACAAAUUUUUUCCUUAGCAUGAUUAUGAAAAAUAAAAUUUCAAUUUGCAAUGAAGAAAAUAGCAGGAUUUGUAAGUAUGCAUGUCUGCGAUUACUACGAGUGCGAAGAUACUUUUGCAAUGCAUACUGGGGGACCACCAACACGAGUGGACUUCGCUGUUUGACGAGGCUGAAAAAUUCGGGACCUGAAGAUCUUUCUCCUGUGGAAGAUUGAACAAGAAGGUGCACGCGAGGAGAGGAACGAGAUCGAGAGGAACGCGAUUUCAACUUUCAGCGAUGAUGGCAAGGAUAAGGCCGCGGGGGGUCAAUAUUUUUUAUACUUUUUUUUUCACUUCUAUUUUGUUCUAGAUAAUGAAUCCAAUGACACGAGAAGUCAAGCACGUCGAUGACGACAUUAACACACAAAAAUGAAUCCGUUUGCAUCACUUCUUGAUUUAAUACCUUUUUCACCGAUAAAUGAAAUAAUUGAGGAAAAUAAACUUACAUUCCGGCCUGCUGGUGCAGGUGCUGGUCGUAGAGCUUCGGAAAUGAAUGGUAGUGGUUUUAAGAUUGAACAAUUAUGUGGGCUGCAGUUCAAGUUCUUCGUGUAGAAACGUAUUAAAGUUCUUUAUUUGUGAGCCUCCAGGUAAAAACAGUACGGCUAAACCUGUUGUAUAAUUUGUUCACCAAUAAAAGACAAAGUAGGACUCUUAGUUUUUGAUGAAUCGAACUGGAAGAUGAAGAUUUUUUUUCCGGUCUGAUAUGCUGGUCAUGGUCUCGACACCUUGUAAAAUUUUUCUUCAAACAAGCGCGAGUUUGCGGAUUAGUAGUCCAGCAGGGACCACUUCUUGUCUGUUGACUCUACUAGUACGACUUUCGGGCUUGUUAUUACCUCGGGACAAUCAUGAAAUGCGCUCUUCGCAAAAGCAGACCGAGUCAUCUCUGGAACUUCUUCGGAGCUCCGAGCUGGACCGCUCGAUGCUUCUUGAUUGUAGUGCACAUCCCUUUUAUCAAAUUGAAAUUGAUGAAUGAAAAACAAUUUUAGCAAUAGUAGAAAAACUGAUGCAGUAGAUGUAAGAUCGGGGGUAGAGCUUAAGUUCGAACGAGAACCGAAAUAACUGAGCUACAAGCAAUACAUGUUUCACUCUGUCUGUCGGCUCCACACGAGAAGCAAACGGAAAAAAUAAAAUACGCACAAGUCACUUUUUGCGCUUGCC